AUGUCAUGUGGGAAGCCCACGGACAAUAACUCCAGGCUUGGUGGCGGUUGCGAUGAAGGUGCCCCCGAUUUUUCCUCACAGCAAGUAACGGAUAGGCAUUUGCAUGGCUACAUCGCUAUGGCGCUGCCUCUUGUUCAUGUUCUGCGGGAGCAACACACGUUGCGUGCCGAGGCAAUUGCUCGCCAAAUUACGGAGAAGUGGGGUGGUGAAGCAACUGCCGUGGAAAACUUGUUAAAACUUUUGGAGGAAUACAAUGCGGAAACGGGUAACAAUGUUGAUGAUACUUCCAGUCGUAGCACUAACUCGAGCCGGCAAGGUAGCACAGAUGAUGAUGAUUCCUUAAGCGAAGACUGUGAAGAUGCGUACUCGGGUGACGAGUGUAAUGGAAGUACCCUGCAAACCCUACAUGAUGUUGUUGAGCGUGUGCGAUCAUUGGAGCCUUAUACACAUUCUAUUCCUGAGGCUGUUCGCGAACCAUCAACUGUUGCCGAGGCCGCAGAACCGCCGGUAUUGCACGGAGAUGACGGAGAGGAGUGUGAAGAGGAGAGACGACUAUUAGAAGACAUAGACCGCGCUGUGAAGCGAGAAAUGGAUAGAUUGUCGAUAAUCAGGAAACAUCGGUGA